AUGGAAGACUCAACAGAGCAUCACGACAUUCUCGUUAUAGGAGCUGGCCUCUCUGGUAUUAAUACCGCCCACGUUCUCAACCAAAGACUCCCCCACCGCUCGUACACGAUCCUCGAAGCGCAAUCGGCCAUUGGCGGAACAUGGCGCUUCUUCCGAUACCCAGGCUUUCGAUCCGACUCUUUCAUGACAGCCUUUGGCCUGCCAUGGUACCCUUGGAAGCACAAACAUAAGAUGGCGCAGGCGGGUGAGAUCGUGGACUAUCUGGAGGAAGCUGUUGAUGCAGCAGGCUUGAGGGACAAGAUCCGGUUCAGACAUAAGAUGCUGGCGUGCGAAUGGCGGACAGACGAGCAGAAUUGGAAGAUAGAAGUUGAUGCGGACGGUCAGCGAAAGACCUUUAUCGCCAACUUCGUCAUAACCUGCGUUGGAUAUUAUGCAUAUGACAAGGCCUUUCCGACGACAAUUCCAGGUCUUAAGGGCUUCGGAGGACAGGUCGUCCACCCUCAAUGGUGGCCUGAAGAUCUUGAUUAUUCUGGCAAACGCGUCAUUGUCAUUGGAUCAGGAGCCACAGCGAUCACAAUUGUGCCCUCACUUGCUGAGAAGGCUAAGAUGGUGACUAUGCUCCAGCGCAGUCCAUCCUUCGUCAUCUCCCGACCUACGACUUCUAGCCUCGACUCUUGCUUGAAGUCCCUUCUCCCCUUCUCAUUAGCAUACUGGUUGGUGUAUUGGAAAGACGUGUUGCUUGAGGUCUUUUCCACACAGUUUCUCCUCAACUUCCCUGCAUUGGGUCGCAAGGCCUUGAUGGGGGAGAUGCAAAAGGCACUGCCCAAGGACAUUGACGUCAAUGUUCACUUUAACCCCAGGUACAAUCCAUUCCAGCAACGACUCUGCAUGUGUCCAGAUGAGGACUUCUUCAAGGCUCUGCAUCAGGACAACUGCGAGAUUGUGACGGACACAAUCGAGACUGUUACGAAGGACGGUAUCUUGCUCAAAUCUGGUCGCAAGCUCGAAGCCGAUAUAAUCGUUACCGCAACGGGGCUGUACUUCCAACUCUUCGGCGGCAUAGCCCCCCUAGUAGACGGGCAGCCCAUUGAGGUUGGCUCACACUACGCCUGGCGUGGCUGCAUGGUCGACUCUGUCCCUAACAUGGGCUUCGUGAUGGGCUACGUGACAACAUCAUGGACGCCCGGCGCCGACAUUAUGGCCAAGACAUUGAUCAGUGUUAUCAAGGAAAUGGAGAAGACGGGGUCAACGAGUGUUAUGCCCGUGCUCAACGAAAAGGAUAGGAGCAAGCCACAGAAGCUCCCAGUCAGUGCUACCAGCAGCUAUUUUGUCAAGGCUGCGGAUCGUAUGCCAAAAGUGACUGAUGAAGGCCCGUGGUAUGGACGAGUGAACUUGGCCAAGGAUUGGUGGGCGUGGUUAAUGGGUGAUAUGUCGAGUGGGCUUCUCUAUAGCGGAGGGCAAAGAAAGAAGGAUAUCUGA